ACAUAAAUGAGCGGAGUGACGACAACAUUUUCAGUUGUUGAUGACACGUCGAAUUCGCAGAACAUAAGUCGAUUUUUGCGUUUGUGUUUACGUUUUAUUCCAGUUUUGUAAAAUAUCUAAACAAAAAAAUCUAUCUCUAUCUUUUGAUAUUAUCGCUUAAUUAAAUAGUAUAGAAAUGAAUACUAUAAGAAAUUCAAAAACCGCAAGAAUUGUUAUUAUUGGCGCGGGACCGUCUGGCAUAGCUGCUGCUACAAAACUAAUUAAGUCUGGCUUUGAGAAUGUUUUAGUCAUUGAAGCUGAGAGCCGAGUAGGAGGUCGAAUAUAUACAGUGGAUUUCGCUGACAAUGUUGUGGAUCUGGGCGCACAAUGGUGUCAUGGUGAGAAAAAGAAUGUUGUUUAUGAAUUGGUCAAAGAUUUGAAUCUGCUGGAAACGACUGGUACUAUUUAUGAUGAUUACGUUUGUAUACGCUCAAAUCGUGAAGUUCUAUCGGAUGAUGUUGCAGAUGUACUUAAAACAAUUGCAUUCGAAACCAUACCUGAACGGCAGAAAGGUUUAUUAAAGUAUGAAGGCUCUUUGGGAUCUUAUUUGGUAGAAACUUAUUGGCGUGAAUUAGAAAAAAGUCCAAAUAUAGAUCGCACAAUUGCACAUGAGUUUCUGGAUAAUAUGAAAAAAUUCGAAAACUCUGUAGAGGCAUCAGAUACGGUUUUCGAGGUCUCUGGUCAGGGACAUUUGGAUUAUUGGAUUUGCGAGGGUGAAUUAUUAUUAAACUGGAAAGAUAAAGGAUUCCAUACACUAUUAAAACUUUUAAUGAAGUCUAAAGGAAAUGAAACAAAUGAUUUGGGCAUACUUAAUAAGCGUGUGAUAUUAAAUAAAAAAAUCGAACACAUUGCUUGGCAAAAAGGUGAUGAAGCUAUUAUAAAAUGUGUUGAUGGUCAACUCAUUGAAGCGGAUCAUAUCAUUUGCACAGUCUCACUGGGUGUACUUAAAGAAAACUAUAAGAAAAUGUUUACACCGCUGUUGCCACCAGCAAAGUGUCGUGCUAUUGAGGGUCUUAAAUUGGGUACUGUUAAUAAAUUUUUCAUGGAAUUCAAAGUACCAUUUGGACCACCAGACUGGACUGGUUUUAUGUUUUUAUGGACACAAGAAGAUCUUGAUGAAUUACGAAAUACUGAUUAUUUCUGGUUAGAGAGUGUUUUUGGCUUUUUCCGCGUUUCAUAUCAGCCUCGCAUAUUAGGCGGUUGGAUUAUAGGACCACAUGGUCGUCAUAUGGAAACACUCACUGUUUCAGAAGUUCAAAAAGCUAUAUUAUGGUUAUUUAGAAAAUUCUUUACAUUCCCUAUACCAGAGCCUAUUAAUUUUAUGCGUACUCAAUGGUAUUCUAAUCCCAACUUCCGUGGUAGCUAUACUUUUCGUUCAAUGUAUACCGAUGAGUUACGUACUGGUGCUUGGGAUUUAGCUUCACCGUUGACUAAUGGCGCUGGCAAGCCAGUAUUACAAUUCGCUGGAGAAGCAACUCACACACACUAUUACUCAACAGUACAUGGUGCGGUAGAGAGUGGUUGGCGUGAAGCGGAACGCUUAAUUGCAUUCUACCAAAGCAGACCCUCGCAGCUGUGAUGGGGAAAUAUGAUAAGUACUUUACUUGGUAGUACUUUACGUUUUAAAGCCGAUAGAAUGUCAAUGGCAAAUGUGUUAAAAAGAAACUUUUAUGGCAAACUUAAAGAUAAGUUUUAAUUAAGAUUAGUAAA